AUGAACGAGGAGAUGACAAAAAGCGAGGAGCAGCAUCUUAGUUUGCAGAAAGCCUUGCAGCAGUGCGAGUUGGUGCAAAAUAUGAUAGACAUAAGCAUUUCUAGUUUGGAGGGUUUACGGACCAAAUGUGCCACAUCCAACGACUUGACACAAAAAGAGAUACGGACGCUGGAGCGCAGUGAUAAAUCCGGAGGCCACGGGUCUGCAGCGGGCUGUGGGGGGACUUGCGCAUUCUGCAGGUGGCGGGGAGAGAAGGGGAAGCUGGUGAAAUACUUCAGCCGCCAGCUGUCCUGUAAGUGCAAAGUGGCCUUAGAGGAGCGCAGCACCGAGCUGGAGGACUUCCCUCGACUCGGACACUGGUUCCGCAUCGGCCUGCUGGAGAUGAGCGAGGAGCAGGUGUGUGAGCUCCUGCAGAAAUUCGGCGCCAACGAAGAGGAAUGUGCCCGACUCAACGCUUCCCUCUCCUGCCUGAGAAAGGCCCACCAGCUCGAACAACUUGAGGAGGAUAAAUUGCACAGUAAUGGAGGGAGCCAGUCGAAACAGGACUGGUCGAUCCAGUGGCCCACCUCGGAGUCUGGCAAAGAAAACACCCCGGUGUGCCAGCCGGAGGCCAGCCAGUGGAUCCGGUUCCAGCUCUCCCAAAGCCCCAAAGUCCAGUCCAAGUACAACCAGCACUUGUGUCAGAGUCCCCAGGCCCUGGGCCCCGUUCUGUACCCGGAUCGGCUCACCGUGGACAGCCCCGUAACGGGGCUCUUCCCCUCCUUUGAAUGCGGCCACCGCUCCCUGCCCCCGUCGCCACGGCAACGGCACAUCGGCCACACGCCUCCCCGGACUCCCCUGGUGGUCAACACCAUGACCCCGCCCGGCACGCCGCCCAUGCGCCGCAGGAACAAGGUGAAGGCCCCGGGAACUCCUCCCCCCCCGAGCCGGAAACUGAUCCACCUGCUGCCCGGGUUCUCCGCGCUGCACCGCAGCAAAUCCCACGAAGCCAAGAAGAAGACCAAGCCCUUGAACCUUAAGAUCCACAGCAGCGUGGGCAGCUGUGAGAAUCUGCCCACGCAGCGCUCGCCCCUCCACACAGAGCGCUCCCUGAGAUCCUUCUUCUUCCCCUCCUUCAUCCCCUCCACGCCUCCCGUCCACGCAGAAACACCCUCUGCAAAACUGGAUGCGGUUCUUGGCAUGAAAAAACGUUCCUUCUUUUCCUCCGACAUUAUCGUGGUCUGA